AUGCAAAAUCAUCUUAUCAAAUGUCCUAAGGAAAAAAAUGAAUUAGCUUACUUAGUUUGUUUUAAUAAGGAAUGCAAAGCUAAUAGAAUUUACUGUCUCGAAUGUUUAAAAUUAGGACAUCACUCUCCUCACAUACAAGACUAAUAAAAUAUAAAUAAAUUAGAGGAACACAUCUUCAAAAUUAAACAGAAGUGCGAAAAUUUAAUAAGAACUUUAGAUUAGAUGAUUAAGGAGAUUGAUGAGUUAUCUGCUUAAUUAUUUUAAGGAUUGAAAGCAAAAUAUUCAAUAUCUCUAGAGAGAUUGACAAAGUUGGAUUAAGGGCAAAUGAACGAAGUAAUUGAAUAAAUAAUAAAAUUUGAUGAAAUAGAAACUGAUCUAUUGUACAAUGUGAAAGAAUGUCAAAAAUAUAUGAUAAACUUAUUGUCCGAAAAAAUUCUAAAUCUUGGACUAGAGAUAGAGAAAGAUAUCUAAAAGGAAAAUUAACAUGAUCAUCAAAUAAUUAAUUCGAAUCAAGAAGUUGAUAACUAUAAUGUAGCAUUAAAGUUAUUAGACAAUAAAUAAUUGAUUAAUUAGAAUUAUUAAUAAUCAAUACUAAUAAAAGGUAUUAUCAUCAGCAACAUACAUUAGCUCAGUUUUUAAGAAUGUUUGGAAAAUACAACGAUGCAAUUAAAUGCUCUGAUACAGUUUUGUCUAUUGAUUCAAAAAAUGUUGAGGCACUAUGCCUUAAAGGUAUUUAAAUCAAAAACCUUAUAUUAGCUAAUUGCUUAGCAAUGCUUGGAUAUUGCAAUGAUUCAGUGAUAUGGGCUGACUAAGCUUUGUCUUGUUAUUCAAAGCAUGUAGAAUCAUUAUAUGUAAAAGGUACAAAGUCUUAGAUAUAUAUUUAGCUAAAGCAUUAAACUUUCUUGGAUAAUACGAUAAGGCAAUUAAAUAUGCAGAUAAGGCUUUGCUUAUCUGUGAAAACCAUGUUGAAUCACUAGCCUUAAAAGGUAUAAAAAAUAAAAAUAAUUAAUUUAGCACUUUGCUUAGGAUUUCUUAAAAAAUACAACGAAUCAAUAAUAUAAACUGAAAAAGCUUUAUCCAUAUAUUCCGAGCAUGUGUAGUCGAUAUGUACUAGAUGUAUAUCAAUGUUAUUAAUAUAUAAGCGCGAAGUUUAAGAAUGCUUGGAAGAUACUAGGAAGCAGUAUAAUCGGUUGAUUAAGCAAUAUCUAUUGAUUCCAAGCAUGUCGAAUCACUUCGAUUAAAAGGUAUAUUAAUUAAGACGAAUUUAUAAGGUUAAAUUUUAAUGGAUCUUAACCAAUUCAACGAUGCACUGAUUUGGGUCAAUAAAGCUUUGAUGAUAGAUUCCAAUCAUAUGGAAGCAUUGGUGGCUAAAUGUAAACACGUUUUGAUAUGAUAGGCAGAUGCUUAUUGAAAGUUCAAAAAUACAAAGAAGCAUUAGAAUAGGCUGAGAAAAGUUUGACUUUACAUUCAAAGAACAUUAAUAUAUUAUAUAUAAAAGGUAUGUGAAUCAUAUUUAAAAGUAUCAGCUUGCAGUUUAAGAAAGCUUGGUUAGUAUUAAGAAGCAAUUAUAUGGGCUAAUUAAGUUCUAAGUAUUGAUUCUACACAUAUUGAUACUUUAUUUAUAAAAGGUGUAUUAUCAAAUAACUAUGAAUUAGCUAAAUGCAUAUAAAUGCUUGGAAAAUACGAAGAGGCAAUCCAUUUGGCUAAUCAAAUUUUAAAUUUAGACUCAAAGAACGUUAAAUCGAUGUGUGUUAAAGGUAUAUAAAUCUUUUAUAAAUAUAGCUAAGAGUUUAAUGUAUUGUUCUAAUUAUAAGAAGUCUAUUAUAGAGGUCGAAAAAGCUUUACAGAUCAAUUAAAACCAUAUUAGAUCUCUUAGUAUAAAAGGUAUACUAAGCUAAAUAAAUAUAAUAGCUUAAAUUUUAGGAUUGCUUGAAAAUUAUAAAGAUGCUGUUAUAUGGGCAGAUAAAGCUUUGUCAAUUUCCCCGAAUGAUUUAGAAUCCUUAUUUUUGAAAGGCAUUUCUUUGUAACUUAUCUAGGUAAUUCAUUAAAAUUUUUGGGUUAAUUUUCUGAAGCUCUACAAGUUUUUGACCAAGCUCUAAAGAUUAGACCGAAUGAUGCAAGAUUUUUAUACAAUAAAGGUAUUUUUUAUCUAUUUAUAAAGGAUAAUGUUUAUGGAAAUUAUUAAAGCAUGAGGAGGCUAUAUCAUAUUUUAAUUAAGCUAUUUUGCUUGUUCCAAAUAGGGAAUGGAUCUAGAAUAAAGAAGGUAUACAUUGUUAUUUUAAGUAUUUUAGAAUGUGAGAAGAGCUUAAUAAAAUGAAAGUUGUGAAUUGAUUAUUGAAUAAAAAUUAUUUUCUUUUAAACGUUCGUAUUACUUGUUACUUGAAUUUAAAUUAAAUUCUUAACCUCUAGAAAAUGAAGUAUAAGAUCAACUAAUCCUACAUUAUUAGCAUCGAUGCUAUUUCAAUAUCAAACAAUAAUACCAUUUUAAAAUCUUGGAAGAAUAAUCAAGUCAUCUGUUGGUUUAUUAGGUUGAUUGA